AUGAAAAAGGACGAUGCGCACCGGGAAGAGGCCGAUCUCUCAGCUGAAGGUCAAGGAGAGCGCCACAGCCGUGGCCAACGGGCAAAACGCGGCCGCAAAGCAUCGUCCACGGGCGGUCAGACAACGCUGAACGGUGAUCAGCCCGCCUCGCCAAGCAGCGACGGUGAUCCUGCGCCCACCGGCGCUGAAAUUGGGCAGAUGAGGGGUGCACCCGUGCAUCAGGAUGGCGAACCCGAGCUGAGCGACGAGCAAGGCAGCGGAGGCCUUUCACCCGCGCAACCGAAGAAGCCGGGCGAGCCUCCACACGUAGACACACAAGAAGCCACUGAGGACACCAUCCUGCUCGACGUCAAUCCCAUGGUGCGUUACCCAUUGCUGCUGUUCAACCUAUUCCUGUGGCUCGUGGGAGCGAUGCUGAUCUGCGUGUCCUCGUUCCUCUACGUGACUGCUGUAAACACGGCCGACGACUCAGCCAUUCUCAUGCGCCUGGAUCUGGUCGGAGUGCUCAUCCGGCGCCUGGAGACCGUGGUGUUCCUGGCGGGCAUGUCACUUUUCAUCGUUUCAUUCUGCGGCUGCGUGGGUGCGCUGCGGGAGAACAGCUUCUUGCUCAAGCUCUACUCUCUCGCCCUCACCGUGCUCAUCAUAAUCAACAUGCUGCUCGGCCUCGUGGUAUUAUUUAUGCCUGGAAGCGUAAAGAAGGUGAUCAAGGAGUCGCUGUCCGAGUCAUUGGUCAUCCACUACCGCGACACUGAGGAUACGGAAAACGUCGUAGACGCCCUUCAGCGCCAGCUGCGUUGCUGCGGAAUGACGAGCAAAAGCUUCAGGGAUUGGAACAACAACAUGUUAGUACCAAGGGCCAUUUAA